GUGGAGCAAUUUGACAGCAUUUUAAAUACAAAUUUACGUUCGGUUUUCCUUUUGACUAAAUUCGCCGCAACACAUUUGGUAAAAACACAAGGCAACAUCGUUAAUGUAUCCAGUGUCGCCGGCUUGCGUUCAUUCCCGAAUACUUCAAGCUAUUGCACCUCGAAGGCAGCGCUUGAUCAGUUUACCAGAUGCAUUGCUUUGGAUUUGGCGCCGAAACAAGUACGUGUAAAUGCUGUGAAUCCGGGCGUGGUGGUAACAGAUAUCCAUAAACGUUCUGGCAUGUCUGCAGAGGAGUACGCUAAAUACUUGGAGCACCAUAAAGAGACGCACGCGCUGGGUCGCGUAGGCUCAACCAAGGAAGUGGCCGAUGCUAUUAUUUUCUUCGCUAGUGAUACCGCCAGCUUUAUAACGGGUGCAACAUUGCCCAUCGAUGGCGGCAAACAUGCAAUGUGUCCGCGUUGAUUGGGAAUUUAGAUAUAGAUUUGUUUUUAACUGCUCAUUAUGUAUUUUCUAUCUCGCCACCUUAAAUAAAUUUUAUUAUUUAUGUACA